GUUAGUUCAGUAGCGCCGUAAAGACUAAAAAAAUUAAGGAUUUUAAAAAAAUCUUUCUUUAUGUCGAUUGUUUAAUUAUUAAUUUGCGUUUUAUAAAGUUAUUUAAUUGAAGAAAUACAAACUAAAUUAAAUUUUCAAUCAUGAGAAGGCCUAAAAAGUAUCAAUCUGGAGAAGCAACAUUUUAUAUUUCAAGAAAGCAAGCAUUAAAAAGGCUUCAACUGACUUUAAAUGAUUUUCGUAGAUUAUGCAUUAUUAAAGGCAUUUAUCCUCGUGAACCAAAACAUCGACGUCGAGCUCAGAAAGGCUCAUCAGAUAUCAAAAUAUUAUAUCAUGCGAAAGACAUAAAAUUUUUAUUACAUGAGCCAAUCGUUUGGAGUUUGCGAAACUAUAAGAUUUUUGCCAAAAAAACUGGCCGUGAUCGUGCAAUUCGCGAUUUCCGUAAUUUAAAACGGCGUCUUGAACUGUUUCCACAAUUAAAACUUGAUCAUGUAGUUAAAGAACGUUAUCCAACAUUUAUAGAUGCUAUAAAAGAUUUAGAUGAUUGCUUAACUCUAUUAUUUUUAUUCAGCACUUUUCCUUCAAUUCAUUUGAUUCCUAGAGAGCAAUCAUCAUUAUGCCGAAGAUUAACUAUUGAAUUCCUUCAUUAUGUCAUAGCAGCUAAAGCAAUUCGAAAAGUUUUUAUUUCUAUUAAAGGAUACUAUUUCCAAGCCGAUAUAAAAGGACAUAAAGUGACAUGGAUAGUACCACAUUAUUAUCCGUUCAAACCGCACAGUAAAUCUGAAGUAGAUUUUAAAGUAAUGUCAAUUUUUGUAGAAUUUUAUACAAUAAUGUUGGGCUUUGUGAAUUUCCGUUUAUAUCAUCAAAUUAAUUUGGCAUAUCCACCACAAUUUCCUUCAAAUAUGCUGCAAGAUUCAGCCGAAACACUAUCAAACGAACAUAGUUUUGUUUCUGAUAGAAUAGCAGCAUUAAAUUUUGAUCUACUUCGAACAGAUAAUAGUAGUAUACAAGAAGAAGAAGAAAAUGAAAUAGAUAUGGAAUUGUUAGAAACUGAUACUGAUAACGCAACAAGAAUGGCAAAAUACAAAAAGGAUUCACAGAGUGUUAAAAAAUUGAAAAGUUUAUUUAAAGGACUAAAAUUUUUCAUAAAUCGAGAGGUACCACGUGAGCCGCUUGUAAUUUUAAUUCGUUCUUUUGGUGGAAGAGUAUCGUGGGAGAAAAGUAUUUUUCCUGGUGCUACUUAUGAUGAAAAUGAUGAAACUAUUACACAUCAUAUUGUUGAUAGACCAAGCUUAAGUAAACAGUAUAUAUCUAGGGAUUAUAUUCAACCGCAAUGGGUUUUCGAUUGCGUAAACCGCAGGGAACUUCUACCAACAAAUAAAUAUUUUAUUGGAGCUGUUUUACCACCUCAUUUGUCACCAUUUGUUGAUCCAAAACGUGAUGCUUAUGUUCCUCCUGAAGAAAAAGCUUUACGUGAUCCUUCACUAAUUGAAACUCAUGAACCAACCGAUGAAGAAUCAGAGGCAGAAGAUGAAAAACCGGAAAAUGUAGAUGAACAACUUGAAAGCUUAUUCCAACAAGAGUCUGCGGAAAUUGGUGAAACAAUGUCUGAUGAAAAUAACGAAAAUGAAGAAGAAGACGAUGAGGAUGAUGAAGAAGAUAAAGAGAAAAAACGUGAGAAAGAGAAAAAACAAAUGGCAGUUCAAUCUGGUAAAGUACAUAAGGAGAACAAGAGAGCAUUAAAGAAAAUCGAGAUCGAAGAACAUAGAUUAAAAGCACGAAUGGUUAAACCUCGUCACAGAAAUCUAUUCAGAAAAUUGAUAAGAGAUAAACAAUCUAAAGAAAAAGAAGAAUGGUUGCUUAAGAAAAAACGACGUGUACAUGAUCAAAAAAUUAAAACAGAAAGGAAACAAAAAAGAAAAGAAAUGAAAAAAAAAUUACUAGCUGACAAACAAUCUUAAACAAUUACUCUUAAUAUUUACUUUAUCAUGCAAUUGUAAAUUUUAAAGGCUGAAAUAAAUUUUCAGUAUAUCAAAAG